UCAUGCUGCUGCCAUGGGGUCCAGAGUCUCUCAUGGGUCCCUGUACGGCCUCCCAUUGCUGCUGUCUCCAUCGCCACACUCUGCCAUGUGCCACUUUCAGGUCUCCUCACACUGCUGGUGUGUUCCAUUUUUGUCAUAGGGUGCUGGCAGAUUACGGGCCUCCCAUAGCUGUGCCAGGCCCCUAAUCUGCCAUGGGCCCCUAUACCGCCUCCUCAUGCUGCUGCCAAGUCCAGAUUGAGUCUGUCAUGGGUCCCUGUACGGCCUCCCAUUGCUGCUGUCUCCAUCGCCACACUCUGCCAUGUGCCACUUUCAGGUCUCCUCACACUGCUGGUGUGUUCAAUUUUUUGAC